CCACCCUCCGCCUGCCACUCCUCCAGGAUUUUGGUGUAGCUAACGAUCCCCUCUCCCCAUACCGCAGAUUGUGCGGCCUUGAGCUGAUCGGCCAUGCUUUGUGGCCGGCCGCCUCCGCCCUCGAGAUUGAAGUACCCCGGCGUGCAUCCCGGGACAGCCGCAAACCACGCCGCGCGUUUCACGACCUCCGCCGUCCACGCAUCUUCGGCGCUCUUCUCAACUUCGAUCACCGGCCUCUCGGUGCCACCGACGACGCGCUGCGCCUGGGCGAUGAUCGCGGCGAUAUGUUUUGACGUGGCAUUGAGUGGGAACGUGAAGUUUGCGGUGAAGCCGAGCUGCGAGAGGCCCGGGAGGAAGAACAUGUUGGGGAACCCGCUUGACGCGAUCCCAUGCAGCGUGCCGCAGCCCUCCUCGAUCCACUUGUCGUCCAUGUCCCUCCCGUUUGCGCCCGUGAUGCGGCAUGUGCCCCGGGAGGCGGGGCUGCCUGUACCCGCUGCGAAGGUCACCACGUAUCCGGUGCUGAGAACGAGCACGUCGACGGGGUACUCGAUCCCAUUGGCGACCACGCCGUUCGCAGACAGCGCAUCCACGCCUUUCCCGUCCGUAUCGACGAGGGUGACGUUCGGGCGGUUGAACGCGGGUAGGUAUUCAUCGUGGAAUGUCGGCCGCUUGCACCAGACGGGGUACCACGCCUUGAGCUUUGCGGCGGUUUCCGGGUCCUUUACGAUCUCGUCGACACGCGCUCGGACCCGUUCAGCGCGGGGCAAAUCCAAACUGUGCAGCUUCGCGAUAUGCUCCGGAAUUUUCUCAGGCGUCACUAUCCCUGGCGCACCGAUGAUCCCACAGUACGCGGGCAUCUGGCACCACGCGUCGGAUACGAGAUCCGGCCCCUCCUCUGGCUCGUUGAUCAAUAUCGCGUUGUAGUUGACCGACCGGGCGUGCUGCCAUCCCUUGCCAGUCGCGAUCUUGUUCUCCCAUUCGUCCGGAUCGGUGGGGUGUUGGUUUCGCACGUCGACGCUGGAGGGUGUGCGCUGGAACACGAAGAGUUCUUUGGCCCACUCGGCGAGCUCGGGGACCACCUGGAUGGCAGUGGCACCGGUGCCGAUGAUCCCCACGCGCUUGUCCUUGAGCUUGUCCAUAGUCGGAGAUACGGGAGAUCCGCCUGUGAUCGAGUAGUUCCAGCGAGCAGUAUGGAAUAUUGCACCUUUGAAGUCAUCGAAACCAGGCAAGGAUGGGAUCUGCGGCGCGAUGAUGGCCCCUGCACCAAGAAACACGAACUGCGCAGACACUGAAAACGAGCGCUCCGGUUCCCCUGGUCCCCGAUCCUCGCGCAUUUUUACGGUCCAAUGCUUCUCCUCUUCCCGCCAUUCUGCGCUGUGGUAAACCGUCCUCAGCGAAGCUUGCAGCCGAUAGUGCGCUGCGAUGCGCUCCGCAUGCUCCCUCAGCUCGUCGCCAUGUAGCUCUCGACGUCGCACAUCAAACCGGGAUAGCGAUUCCAGUACCAAGUCCCCCCGAAUCCACCUGCCGCAUCGACCAGGCGGAUGUCCGAUGCGGCGAAUCCGGCCUCGAUCAAUCGCGCUGCCAGGAUCAACCCUCCGAACCCCGCACCAAGGAUGAGGAAUUUGACGUCGUCCCCAUCGCUGAGCACGUGCGCUGCAGCGUUGAGCGCUGCGUGGUCGACCCAUGGAUCGGUCUCGAGGUGUUUGUACUUGCUCGACUUCGAGAGCCGGACGAAUUGCGAUGUGCCAUCGGGACGCAGGCGUUUGUCGCGCUCCUGAGCGUAUCGAUCCGCAAAGUCAGGAUUGAGAAGAGUGGCCAUGUGUCAAUAUGUACUGCAAGAAGAUUUAGGGCCAGCUUUAUAUACUUGUACAAUCAUCUCGUAGAUGGUCAGACGAUAGCAGAGAAGGGCCACAUUCUUUCUGUCAUAUUUGGAUACCAAACUGGACCGGUAAACACAGUCCGAAGCCGAAGUGCAGACCCAAACCCUCGCACGUAAUCGUAUAAGCGCCUUUGUCACUGUCAGGUCCACACAGUGAAAUAGGGCAGCUUCUCCUCUCUUGGCCCAAACUGGAGAGCACCGAGAUCAGUCAGCUGAGGCAUACACGCUUUCAGGGCACCCUCUAACGCGAGCUGCCCCGGAUCUUCUGCAUCAUCCGGAGACAUGGGCAGGUAGAUGCAGACACGGUCGACAGUUCCGGCGAGCAGCGUAUCCAGUUCGCCCCAGGACUGUGCUGUGAGUGUCACCUGAUGGACUCUGACCAUCGGGGGAAGCAGAAAUUCGAUGCGGGACAGAUUGGAUGAUGCGCGAAGGAUCACUCGGAUGUCAGAUAGCACGAGAGCCAUCUCCCGCGUAUCGAGCCUCAAGAGAUUGAGGGUGCCCGUGUGUAGCUCGGUGCAACAGCCAUCCGCCAGUGGUAGCGAGGUUGCGUCGCGCAAGUUGGCGCGCGAGAGCCUCAGCUCUUGGAGCUUAGAGCAGAGGACGCGGAGAAGGGAUGUGAAGCAGGAAGGGUCGUAGAGGACGAGUGUCAGCUUAUCGACGCGGAGAUUCGGGGAGGCCAACGCU